AUGUGCCGAGCACUUCCGAGGCGUCCUCAACCGUCCCUCGCCCUCUCCGACGUCGCCAUCGCCCGUCCGCCACGAGUGGAGACCAACGCCGAACUUGACCUUCUGCCUUCUCUCCACGAAGCCAUCAGCGGCGUGCAGAAGCUCUCUAGCGGGAAAGCGCCCGGAUCGGACGCGAGCCCUGCUGAGAUCUGCAAGCACGGUGGUCCCCAACUCGUGAAUCAUUUGACGGCACUAUUCCAGAUGUGGCGUCAAGGAGAAGUUUCGCAAGACUUCAAGGACGCCGCAAUCGUCCACCGUUAUAAGCGGAAAGGAAACCGCCAGCUCUGCGACAACCACCGAGGCAGCUCCCUGCUGAACAUCGCCGGGAAAAUCUUCGUUUACAUUCUUUUCAACCGUCUGAACAACAACCCGGAACAAGGUCUUCUGCCGAAAAGCCAAUGCACCUCCGGCGUCAUCGUGGGACCACGGACAUAA